UAGCACUUGACUGCGCUUAACCUCGCAUAUAACUAUUUUAGAAUUGCAUUUUAUGUAGAUGUAAGUUGCCUCAUGGCUUAAAAAUGUGUAAGUUGUUCAAAACAGUUACUUAGCUAGCUAUCCUCUGCUUGUCUUCAUACAUAGUUUUUAUUAACAUGUCAUGGCGGGUAAUAUGGAUAAAGUGAAGAAAUGCUUGAAAGAUUUCCCUAAAGAAGCGCGUGAGCUCUAUUUAAACGACGCGGUGCCGUAUUUAGAUGGACCCCCGUCUCCGCUGGAAUUCUUGCGAGAAUGGAUCUCUCCUAAUAAGCCCUGUAUUAUACGCAACGCCUUUAAUGACUGGCCUGCUUUGUCUAAAUGGAACUCCUCAUACCUCAGGGACGCGGUUGGCUCGAAGGUUAUCAGUGUGGCCGUCACUCCCAACGGCUAUGCAGACGCAGUGAAUGGUGAUCGUUUUGUGAUGCCAGAGGAGCGACAGAUGACGUUCUCUUCGUUGUUGGACAUUGUGGAGGGAAAGACGAAGAGCGCGGCAGUGUUCUACGUGCAAAAGCAGUGCUCCAAUCUCACUGAGGAGCUGCCUGAGCUGAUUGGAGAUGUGCAACCCAACAUCCCCUGGAUGAGUGAAGCCAUUGGUAAAUUACCUGAUGCUGUCAAUUUCUGGCUGGGAGAAGAAAAUGCUGUCACGUCCAUGCAUAAAGACCACUAUGAGAACUUAUACUGUGUAAUCUCGGGGGAGAAGAAGUUCAUCCUCCUUCCUCCAUCUGACAGGCCAUUCAUACCGUACGAGCAUUAUCAGCCAGCCACAUACAGAGAGAGGCCGGACGGCAUCUUUGAGAUAGUGGACGAAGAGGAUGCCGACAAGGUGCCCUGGAUCCCACUGGAUCCAUUAUACCCAGACCUGGAGCGUUACCCUUCGUACAGAUUAGCACGGCCGCUCCACUGCACUGUGAAAGCGGGGGAGAUGCUGUACCUCCCCUCGCUCUGGUUCCACCACGUCCGGCAGUCUCACGGAUGCAUAGCAGUGAAUUUCUGGUAUGACAUGGAGUAUGACAUCAAGUACAACUAUUUCCAGCUGCUGGAGUCUCUGAGUGGAGCAGUGGGCACGCUGUGAUGCGGUGACUGUAUAGACACUUUCAGGUCACGUCUCAGAUUUCCCCCAGUGGG